CGUCAAAAGAGAAAAAGAAAAAGGUGACAAAAGAAAAAGGAAGUGGAGACCCUCCAUUAUUUCGUCUUCGUGCUCGGCUCAGUUUGCAAGAUAAGCAAAAACACAGUGAGGGAGGAGAGAACCCAUUUGCAUUUUCGGUGGAAAACUAUGGAGGAGAGGCCGGAAACGGAGUUGAUAUCUAUUCCAGCGACGCCGCGAGUAUCCACGCCUGAGAUACAGACCCCUUCAGGACAGAGGUCGCCAAGGCAGGCUUCCAAGGAGGCAAAGUCUUCGACCGGAUGGACGCCGACUUCGUUUAUUUCUCCAAGGUUUUUGAGCCCCAUUGGGACUCCGAUGAAGAGAGCUUUGAUUAACAUGAAGGGUUACUUGGAAGAAGUGGGUCAUCUCACUAAGCUCAAUCCUCAAGAUGCUUGGCUUCCAAUCACAGAGUCUCGCAAUGGGAAUGCUCAUUAUGCUGCAUUUCAUAAUCUUAAUGCUGGAGUUGGGUUCCAAGCUUUGGUCUUGCCUGUUGCUUUUGCUUUUCUUGGCUGGAGUUGGGGUAUAUUGUCCUUAACCAUAGCCUACUGUUGGCAACUUUACACCUUGUGGAUUUUAGUCCAAUUACAUGAAGCUGUUCCAGGAAAGAGGUACAAUAGAUAUGUGGAGCUUGCACAAGCAGCUUUCGGGGAAAGAUUGGGCGUAUGGCUGGCCCUUUUCCCAACAGUUUAUCUAUCAGCAGGAACAGCUACAGCUUUGAUUCUCAUAGGAGGAGAGACUAUGAAACUGUUUUUCCAGAUAGUUUGUGGACCUCUCUGCUCAUCAAAUCCUCUGACAACAGUUGAAUGGUAUCUAGUGUUCACAUCUCUCUGUAUUGUUCUGUCUCAGCUCCCAAAUCUCAAUUCAAUUGCAGGGUUGUCACUAGUAGGAGCUGUGACAGCCAUCACUUACUCAACUAUGGUGUGGGUGCUCUCUGUUAGCCAACAAAGGCCACCACCUAUCUCUUAUGAACCCAUUUCAUUCCCAUCUUCUGCUGCUAGUUUCUUCUCGAUCAUGAAUGCACUUGGAAUUAUAGCCUUUGCAUUUAGAGGGCAUAAUUUAGUUCUAGAGAUUCAGGCAACAAUGCCAUCAACCUUUAAGCACCCAGCUCAUGUACCAAUGUGGAGAGGAGCUAAAGUUGCCUAUGCCUUCAUUGCCAUGUGCCUCUUCCCAAUUGCCAUAGGAGGUUUUUGGGCGUACGGUAAUCUUAUGCCUUCAGGAGGGAUCCUUAAUGCUCUUUAUGGCUUCCACAGUCACGACAUUCCAAGAGGAAUUCUUGCACUGACUUUUCUUCUUGUGGUGUUCAAUUGUCUCAGCAGCUUCCAAAUAUACUCCAUGCCAGCCUUUGAUAGCUUUGAAGCUGGUUAUACCAGCCGUACAAACCGCCCUUGUUCCAUCUGGGUCAGGUCUGGUUUCCGGGUUUUGUAUGGGUUUGUCUCCUUCUUCAUAGGGGUAGCCCUCCCUUUCCUCUCAAGUCUUGCUGGCUUGCUAGGAGGACUCACUCUUCCAGUCACAUUUGCUUAUCCUUGCUUCAUGUGGGUUCUGAUCAAAAGACCUAGUAAAUACAGCUUCAACUGGUAUUUCCAUUGGAUCCUUGGUUGGUUGGGUAUUGCUUUCAGCUUGGCCUUCUCCAUUGGUGGUAUUUGGAGUAUUGUAAACAAUGGACUCAAGCUGAAGUUCUUCAAGCCCAACUAAGAAGAUUCAAAGUCCUUAUAAACAGGAUUAAUUUUGUUGAAUUCACAAGAGCACCCUCUUGUGUUCCCUUGUGUUUGUUUUGGGUUUGGAAGUUUUUUUGUAAUUGUAAGCACUUCCUGUUUUCGUAUGCCUGAAUUCAGCUGUAUCUUAUUUUUCUUAUAUUCCCCAUGAAGAAAAUUGAUGAUAAUCA